AUGGUGGCAUUUGCGUUUGAUUCCAAGCAUUGCAAACAAAUGUGGAAUUGCAGCACUGAGGCCGCCGCCCAGUUGAUUCGAUCAUGCGAAACUAUCACAAUGGCCAGGAAACUGCACUCGUGGCUUCGUGACACGUGUCAUGAAUCCGACGGCCCCUACAUCUGGAACCUGGUCGUGCAGAUGUACGGCUCUUGUGGCGGCCCCGUCGAUGCCAGGAUCGCGUUUGACGGCAUCCGGCACAAGAACAUCUUUUCGUGGGUGAUGAUGCUCACAGCAUAUGCCCGGAAUGGGCAUUUGCGGGAAUCGAAAGGAAUCUUUGAUGCGAUGCCAGCAUGGAAUUUUGUAGCAUUUACAACAAUGCUCUCUGCUUUUGCCAGAAACGGGAAUCUAGACGACGCCCAGCGCUUGUUUGAUUCUUUAGAGGAAACCAAUCUUGUAGUGUGGAAUGUGAUUCUCACCGCACAUUGCCGUGACGGGAAUCUGGAGGAUGCAGUGGGGAUAUUCCGACGAAUGCCGGCGCUAGAUAUUCUGUCGUGGACGUCGUUGCUGGCGGCAUUUGCCCAGAGAGGGCAAUCGCAGGAGUGUCACCGUUUGUUUCACUCGAUGCCCGGUGGGAUCUUGUCGCUUGGACGGCUGUAA